AUGGUGGCUGUCCAGUUUCCAUGUUCAAAAAGUGGAAGUAAUGUACUCAGUGGUAGUAAGAGUUGUUCAUGGCUUAUCGCUGCCACUAAGGUUAACAGACGUUUGCGAAUGUUCAAUUUCUUGACUCUUCCUUCAAUUGUUCUGCCUAUCCUUACACGAAGGUUACAUACGAUUGAUGCAUCUCGAUUCCAACGCAGCAUGAUUUCUCUCCCAGAAACAAUUUGA